GUCACACCGCUGAGAAUAAGAUAAGCGCUGGUAGUAAUGAUUUCCAACUCACCUCCGACAAAACGUCUCAUUGCAUCCUCUAUCCGUUCAUACUUCGUCCACACACAUACACAAGUAUUUAAUCUGAACAAGCUGCAGUCUACCCUCGUUGUCCUGCGAGAGAACAUGCAGCCGUCACUCUCAAACAGUUCCAGACCUGCUGCCCAACUUGGCAGCUUAUGUAAUAAUAUUCAAGCCCCGCCGUAUAUUUCCCUCGCGACGAGGACAGGAACAUCAACUCGUCCUUUUCCCGUCCCUCACCUGCCCUUGGGCACUUACAUUCCUUUGGACUUUCACGCUCCUUCAUUGUUUGGACGCUAAUCGGACGUAUUAUUCGUAUACCCAAUAACAAUGGCCACAACAAAGCUAUUUCACC